AUGAUCAGUAUAAUCACUCUCCGUUUCUGUGAAGUCGUAUCAUACCGAUUCGAAGAAGAAAUUUCCGGAAACAUGCUGGCAAACAUAUCUGGACACCGUCAGCCAGCUUCUAUCCCUCGUACCACAGUUCAGACAGUCCAAGAACUGCGGGACUUGCUCGACCAGGCAGACCUUACUACGUUCGAAAUUUAUAUGAGUGAGGUGAAUACUCGGAAUCGUCUCGCAGAAGCCCUACUCGCCAACAACGAAAGCGCACGACAAGCUCUGCAGCACGGUGUUGUACUUUCUCCUCAGGGAAUUCUCGAGGAGUUCGUUGAAUAUGAAUUCCACAUCAUUGAGAGUUGGAACCUCACCCGUCUGGGCUAUGCUGAAAAUUUCCCCACAACGGAUAACGAGCCAAUGCAAGGGCGAUACGAUGUUUUCGACUCUGAUGACAGUUUUCCGUUGAGAUGGGCUGCUAUCAAUAAUGAUAUAGCGCUGCCUGAGCGCCAGUGGUUGCGUUUCCGCCGCAAUCGCAGGCUCAAUUUGCCAUAUGAGCAUUGGGGCAUCCUGGAUAACUUCCUCCAUGGUGGUGCGGUUAGAGUGGAUAGGUCGAUUUUCCAGGAGCGUGCCCUUAAUCUGUUUGGAAUCGAGAUUGUUGGGCCACAGUGGCGGUCUCUGACGCAGCCGAAUCUGUGGUUUCACUUGAUUGAUCCACCAGGAGAACCCGUCCCUGCAGCUGGCCCUUCUCAGAGAGCUGCACAAUCUCAGCCCCAGAACCGUCCUCACCCUCUAACAGGUGCUCCAGUCCAGCAACCUGCUCCGGCCCAGCAGCCUGCCCCUGGCCCGGCACCUCCCGCGCCUCAAGCCGGGCUCUCCCGACCGCAAGGUUCAACGACUCGUGCCGCCCAACCAUCUGCAUCACGGCGCCAACGUCCUGCCCAACCAACCUUUGCAGCUAUACCGCCACUGUCUAACGCGCCGAAUGUAGGUCAUCCCGUUCAGCAAGCACCCGCACCAGCAACUCUCGCGGUUCCCGCAGCUCCAAAUCCUCCAGCUGUGGCUCAAACAGCUGCACAGCGUGUGCAAGGGCAGCAUAUUGCGCUGUUCGAUGCUCCAUCUCCCAAUAUUCCGCUGCCAGCUGCUGCAAACUUCACGCUUGCGGAGAUCAUGACCUUCAUCCCGAACCACAUGCGAAGUGUGGACAUGAUCGACCGCGUGUUCUCCAACACUGGCAGAUACCAACAAAAGGCUCUUGCAAACAUGGCUACGUCACAUCGCCAUCAUCCCGUAACGGACAACUUUAUUUGGAAGUUUAUCAGAGGCGAAAUGGUGAAAGAGUAUCCAGGUGUCACUUGGGACCGUGAUAACAAACCUCAUACUCGUCCCGCAAACCCACAGUAUGUCCUUGGUGGACUUUCAGUUACGGGUAUCAGGACACUAGAACAGGUGAGCACACGCGGAAACAAGCCUUCGUACCCGAGCAGCCCCGUCCCAUUCAGCAGACUUGCACGCAACGUGAAGCACCUUCCAGCAGGCAACGACGCUCUUGACUUGACUCGUUGCGUUGACUGGGUGCUUCGCAAUCCGACUUUAGGUGCGCAGUACAUGUUCCCCACUGACUACGCAACAGUGCUGGCUGUGGUUGGAGGUGCUAACACGGCCACCAACAACCAUUUGGACCCGGCUGCAAUUGCUCGAUGGCUCGGCCCCAAUGCGAAUAACCGUGCAGAGGGUAAUGAUAUGCAGUGGGAACAGGAAUGCAACUGGCAUCGGAAUACGUAUUGGCCUGCGCAGCCAAACGCACCGGCAGCUGCACCGAACAACGUAUUGCAAGCAGCCAUGCCAGCACCUACGAAUCCCGGAGGCAACCACGGAUUGCAGGCGCCGCCGCCGAUGCCGCCGCAGAAUCCCCCAGUUGCUGGGCCUAGCAAUGGAGGGCUAGCGCCUCCCCCAGGCCAUGCAGGUCCUAGCAUGAACUCUGGGAAUAUGCUGCAAAGCGCUGCCAGAGUUCCAUCAAACUCUGGGGCGAGUAAUGCAUUUUCAGGCGCUGCUCCCCCGCCACCGGGUUAUGGAAUUGGCAAUGGUAUGCAUGUCCCAGGACCAGGAUCAGUACCACUGCCAUCAGGCACUGGGUCAAGGAAGCGCCCGCACCAUGAACACGGGGACGAUGAGGAUUCUUAUAGCGAUAAUGGCGAUAUCUCGCCACGCCAGAAGCGUCCCCGUAUGCAAGCUCCUGCUUCUCAGCCGCGUGUCCUUCGAGAUUACCCGGAUCUUAGUGAUCCUCGAAGGAACCAACGCGUCCUGGACAGACAGAAUGUUGUACGAAGCUAUCACACAAUUGACCCCGGUCUUGAACAGGAUGGGCAAGCGGUUCUGAUUCAGCGAAAUCCCGCCACCGUGCAGCGGUCUAACGUGAUUGAGAUGGACCCCUUUGAUGGCGUGAACCAACGGUAUGGUGAACCACGACACCAAAGCACGCAGCAGACCUUCACGGUCGAUCGAAUUCAGCGUCACGGCCUGAGCCUCGAGAGUCGUCCAGUCCAGAAGCGGGCCCAUCCACGGCGAAACGCGGGUGUUCAUGAAGGCCACUCCGGCACAAACACAGAUGGACUGGCUAACUACCGUGCUUCCUCGAGAGUGCCGAGAAUACAGAAAGAACUCUCAGCAGCUUCUGGCCCACGGUUGGGUAGCCACCAGCUAUCCGUGUGGACUGAAGAAGAGCUCCCACAGCCACGGAGGCCUUCGGGGUACUUCCAUGGGUACUUUGUUGGCCAGGCACAUGAGAGUGGACGUUCUUUUGCGAGUGGUAACGGAUACGAUGGGAAUCAGCAAACCCAGCCGAGGAAGGAAGAACCCCAACUGGAAAGGCACCCAGAGUAUCCGGGGUAUGUUCAAGCUCAACCCUACAGUCCAUCGCGGGACAGGCAGAAUGGCGCAACUACAAACGAGCGUGGUGGGGACCACUCGUUCACAAAUCUUGCAGAGAUGGCACAACCUCUGCCAGAUCUUCCCAUUGAUCCAGCGCUGCUCGCCAGUCCCGGUCCUGCGCCCGUUGAAGCGCGCAAACGCCCUCGACCGAAUGAAGGCGAGAGCUCUUCCUUGGACUUUAGCAAUAGGAAUCGGAGCCCAGAUCUACACCGACACCAAAGCUUGGGACUAGAUUCUUGGUGUCGCCGAGAUGAUUCCCACAAUGAUGGAUAG